CUUGAGAGCCUGCCGGAUUAGUUAGUUGCGCGCUGAACGUACCGCUGGAAAGAAGUAUUUUUGUAGAACUUUAAGAAUCAUAUUUUGUGGUUGAACCAACAGAACGAUAGCCGCCUAAUAAUGCCCCAAGCUGACACCGUUUUCCAGUCCCGCUCCGAUGGCAUCUCGGCCGAGGGCGUCCGGGAUCAGUACGCGGACGGCAAGGCCGCCAAGGUGUGGGAGAUCUUCAUCGGGGACAAAAAAUCGCGCACCGAGAACUACCGCAACUUCCUGGUGGAGAAGCUGCGCGACAACGGCUGCAAGCGCGUCCUGGACGUGGCCUGCGGAACCGGGGUCGACUCGAUCAUGCUGCUCGAGGAGGGCUUCCAGGUGGUGUCGAUCGACGCCUCCGACAAGAUGCUCAAGUACGCGCUGAAGGAGCGCUGGAACCGCCGGAAGGAGGCCACGUUCGACAAUUGGGUUAUUGAGGAGGCCAACUGGUUGACGCUGUACGACGACAUCCAGCACCUGAUCGGCGAUGGCUUCGACGCGGUCAUUUGCCUGGGGAACUCCUUCGCUCACCUGCUGGACAAUUACGGCGAUCAGCGCGAGCAGAUCCAAGCGAUUCAGAACUUUGAAAAGUGCGUUAAACCCGGCGGCCUGCUGCUGAUUGAUCACCGCAACUACGACAGCAUCAUGGACAGUGGCGCGACACCGGCCAAGAGCAUCUACUACAACAGCAGCCACACGGCUGACAUCAAGACCUCGGUCCUGUACGUGGCCCGCAAACCGGCCCUGGUCACGAUGGAUUACGUCAUCAGCACCGGCCAGGGAGAUGGAACGUGCGAGUUCCGCCUGUCCUACUACCCCCACCAGCUGGCCAUCUUCGAGGACAUUCUGAAAGGCAUUUUCAAGAACAGCGAAUCCCACGAGCUGUACGGUGACUUCAAGUCGCUGGACAAGGUGGACAACCCUGCCUUCUACAUUCACGUCGUGAAAAAGAGCAAGUAAAGUGACGACGCCGCGAAUCUCGUGAAUGCAGCAGCAAAAUAAAUACUCAAAUAGCGUGGAUAAUCUUAGAGUCUACAUCGUUAGAGCGUUUGAUGGGAGCCGAUCGUUUCCAGAUAUGCAAAUUUACAAUGUAAACUACCUUACUUGAAAUAACACUUAUCAAAUCAUAUACAAA